AUGCCUUCGCAAAAGAAGUUGAAUCCAACGGAAGUGCACAUCUCGCCAGGCCGUGAUCUCGUCCAGCGCACGCUCGUCUUCCGCAACACCACCGGAAAGGACUUUGUGCUCAAACUGAUCUCGUCGAACGCGGCCAUCAGCUUCCCGACGAACGUGUUCCGUUUCCCGCCGCAGUCCCACCGCAUCAUCCAGUUCCGUGUGGACGCCCGCAAGUUGGGCCAAUGGGACAAGUCGAGUCUCAACAUCAAGGGAUUCGUGCUUCCGACCUACGCGAAGGGACUGAAGCAGUUCAUCGACCAGAAGAAUACGGUCGGAUCCGUCGGACAGGAAGCCUUCUGCCUCUCCGUCAAGUUCACCGACCAGUUCUCGGCUCCGCAGACAGUCGUCAACCUGCCCGGCAGUGCCACGUGCAUCGAAUCGACUGAUCAUCCGGUCGACGUCGAGGAGCUCGACACUCGCACUGCCAUCAACAUCGAGAAAGGUAAUAGUUGAGAAGGAUACCAUCAUAACAAGUGACCUAAUUCAGAUGUGGCGACGGCUGAGCCGAUCGGUUCCAUGAUGGGAUUCGUGGAGGAGUACAAGCGUCGUCAGGCGAAAUCGGGCUGCUGGCUGACCAACUACAUCUGCGGCGGCGAGGAGAAACCGGAGAAGUCGUUGAGAUCGCGUCGUUCGAACUCUGCGAAGAGCAAUCGGAGCGCCAAGAGCUGCCGUUCGCAGUCGCGUCGUCAGAAGAGCGAUGUCAACGUGUGCCUGGAGGCCACUCCGUGCGGAGGAUCCACCAUUCAGGCAUGAAAAGUGAACGACAGGAGGCAUUCGACAGAGAACAAAAUAAAAUGAUUUGGAUUGUUCUUUUCCCUUUUUUCUUUCUUCAGGUUUUAUUAGUGAGUUUCUUUCCAGCUAGGUGCGGACGUACUCCAUCCUUCUGAGGUCGGAGUACAGUGCCGCGUCAACCAAAAUCACAGCUCUGACACUAAUUAGUACUAACAUUACAGUCUUUCCAAGUGUAUUCAAAUCAUCAGUGGCGGACAUGACAUUCUGAGCAAAGACAACGUGCUAGCCGCAAUCAAAGUGCAGCGUCGAAAUCUGAGAAAGAAACUCAGAUACAUUUGA